GAGAUCGGAAGGUUGCCCAUCGCUUGUGAUAUCUUGUAUGCAAGUAUACUUUUCUAAUACAAACAUAUUUUUUGUUUAAACCUGUACAGAAAUGUUGGCUAGGAAAGUGGGCAAACAAUUGGGUAAACCCACUGUUUCUGUUACUGGAUGGCUGGUGACCAAGUUUCUGAAAUGGCACAACACAAUACUGGAGGAAAACGCAGUGAAACUGAUCAAUGCACAGCCAGACGACACAAUACUGGAACUAGGUCAUGGUCCGGGCUUUGGUCUCCAGGCAGCCUCGCAGCUCUUGACGGGCCCCAAAGGGAAGCUGAUUGGGGUUGACUACUCAGAAUACAUGCAUCAGAUGGCCACUGAACGAAUGAAGGAGCAGUUAACAAAAGGAAAGGUCAUGCUGUUUUACAGUGAUUUGUUGAACAUGCCUGUAGCUGAAAACAGUGUUGAUAAGGUGUUUCACUGCAACUGUUAUUACUUUUGGCCGGAUCUGAAUGCUGGGGCGAGAGCGAUUCAUAAAGUGAUGAAACCAGGUUCUCUUAUGGUUACAACACUCAGAUUAGCUAGUCUGAAAAAAGCAUUUUCUAUGAACGUGCUCACUGGGGAUAAAUGGCGCCCUGAGGUGUACAUGGAUGUCUUGAAGUCCUCCGGGUUCACAGAUGUCCGAAUGGAAAACAUAAGAGAAAGAAACAACAAUUUUCAAGCUAUUUUUGCCAGUGCUGUAAAGUAAAGUAUAGGUCAUCAUGCCACCAUUGGAUUUGUUGUUGUAGUUAUGAGCUAUAAUGACUACAUA